AGCAUUUCUCCACCUAACACGCUCUUCUACCAUUUCCCCCUGCACCAAGGAGGAUGUAAUGCCACUACCCCACGCACGACCACAUCAAGACUUGCCAGUGGGAACGGAUAUGGAGAACUUGCAGCCGUCGUGGGGAGAAGCACCCCAGGGGUCGGCAGGUGGACGACCCGCCAAGAGAGCAAGAGUAGCACUCGCCUGUCAACGUUGCAAGACAAGGAAACAGAAGUGUGAUGGUAUGCACCCAACAUGCUCCAAAUGCAGCAGAAUGGGCUUAGCAUGUGACUAUGUUAUUCCAUCUAAACCCAUGCCCUUUGGCAAGAAUUACUAUGUGGCCUCGUUGGAAAGGAGGGUUGUUGAGCUUGAGGAGUUCUUAGCGAAGAAGGGGAUGCUGGAUCAACUCCCCGCCUUCUCGCCGUAUGACCUUAGAGACACGCGACCAGGCCCCGAGAAUGGAAGCCAGGCUAUUCUCAGCCCGGAGCCGCAUGUGGCUGCUUUGUCGGGAGGAAAGAACUCUGCGUUCCGUGAGAUGGAAUCGAGGUCUAGCGACAGUGAAGAAGGCGAAUCAAUGGUUCGGAUUCUGAGGGACCUGUCACUGGAAACGAAUGGUGGGUACAUUGGUGCUACUUCUCAAAUCACUAUGGGCAGACUUGUAGGAUCUAUCGUCAAGGGAAAGAAGUAUAGUAUCAGGGAAGAAGAUCUAAGUCCCAGUCCAACGAACCUCCCGGAAAUGGACGACUCAGCAGAGCUGCGAUUAUCAGAUAUCUCACCAGAUGUUGCAGACAGGCUCCUCGUUGGGUACAUGAAGCACAUAGCCACAAGAUAUCCGGUGCUACAUUCGGCAUGGAUAAGGGAUUUGCAUUCACGACGCCAUUGCAUCACGAAUGCUUAUGAAAGAAGUACCUUACAUUUGAUAUAUGCUACUGCUGGUCGAUUCUUGGAGACAACGGGUGAAACAGCUCCCUCAUAUUUUCCCGAAAGGCAUCAUGCCGAAGUGCUGAAGGAUUUGGACGAGAUGUUACGGUAUCAUGAUACCAGGUCUGUCGUCACGUUACUACUGCUAGCCGUCUUCAGUCUCAGAGCCAAAGGUGGACCAGGAGCGUGGGCAUAUAUUGGUUUAGCUAUGAGAAUUGCAAUAGACAUGGGACUUCAUAGGCAGACCACUGCUAUGGAUCGGACAGGUUUCGAUGUUGAGAUGAGAAAGAGACUCUUUUGGUCUUGCUACACUAUGGACAGGCAGGUAUCUAUCCCACUUGGUCGGCCUUUCUCAAUAUCCGAUCGAGACAUAGACGUGCAACUACCACUCGACGUAGAUGAACACUGCCAAGAUAUUCACGUGCUAGAGCAAGCAUCCAAAGUCGAUCCGGACAUAGCUCGAACCGAAAGCACAUCACUUACAGCUUUCUUACACAUCUUGCGACUUCGGAGAAUAGAGCCAAGCAUUCAACAAACUAUUUAUCGCGUUGAUCAAUCGACGAACGUUACGGAUGCUGAGAUUGAGUUUUAUCUUGAUCAGUUGGAGAAUUGGAAGAGGUUAAUUCCGUUGGAUGCUAAGAAACAGGUUGAUCGGGAAUCUACUGCUUUUGAUGGUUAUGAUUAUUAUAUGAUCUUUUACUACAAGUGCCAUAGACUGCUCUUAUAUCCUUUGAUCUCAAAACCACGCGUGAAUCCUCGAUUCCUGAAGAGGUGUGCAGAAGUAUGCGGAGGUGUAGCCCAAACGUACAAACGACUCCAUCAAACAUUAUCAGUCGGAUAUUCAUUGAUGGCAUUGCAAACCGUAUUCAUGGCUGGUCUCACCCUCAUCUACUGCACCUGGAUCUCCCCCGAAGAGAUCUUCAGCAGCGCAACAAGCAACGACAUAAACGCCUGUAGCAUCGUCCUCUUUGUUAUCACGGAACGCUGGCCAGGGGCCAAGAAAUACCGCGAUGCUUUCGAAGCUGUCAAGCAAAAUGUAAUCGACCCCCUGGCUGAAGGCAAGAACCACGGGCCUCGACAUGCUAUCGAAUUCUUGAAAUCGAUAAUCCCAUCAACACUGCCUUCUGUGGAGAUGGGUGAAGAUAGACAGGAAUAUUCACGGAUCGUGACUGAUAUGUCGGGACAGAAUGUGGAUUCUACACUGAUGGAGACGUUUGGGGGACCAGCUUCAGUGGGGAUGGAGCAGGUUCAGUACCAGUCUGGGGAUGUACUUGGGAAUGGACCUGCUCAGGAGUUUGAACAAUAUCGUGGGUUUAAUGAGAUGAAUAAUGAUCAGGAGGUGAUUGAUGUGUUGAAUCAAUGGCCGCCGAGUGGGAUGGACUUCUCGGUGGGCUUUGAGCCAUUCGAUUUGGAUAGUUACUGUGUAAAUAUGGUAGAGCCUUUAGGACCGAGCAUGAGAUAGAAUGUGCAACUUUCUUGCGAACUAUUGC